UGCAUCUUAAGUGUUAAAGUAAUUAUAAAUGGGCUAAAGUAAAACCAAAAUGGAUACUCUGCCUGAUUUCAACUAUGAAGACGCAUUUAAACUUGUGGAAAGACCAACAUUUGUGAAGGUUGACCUCGAUAGGAUGCUGCAGAAUGUGAACGUUGUUCGUGAAAAUAUCUCUACAGGGACAGAGAUUAUCGCGGUAGUGAAGGGCAACGCCUACGGGCAUGGGCUUCUCCACGUGGCUAGAUUCCUCGAGCAGUACGCAAAGGUCACGUGUUUUUCCGUCGCCACGGUAACUGAGGGAAAAGAGCUGUGUGAGAGUGGCAUCAAGAGUGACAUCAUCGUACUGGGUAAUAUAACGGGGUAUGAAAUUUCAACACUGAUCCAACACAGGCUUAUAACGUGUAUCUCGGACAUAGCCACCCUGGAGAUAUGGAACCAGCAGCGUGAGAACAAUGUCGUUGCAAAUGGCGCAUUAGACUCCAAUGAUGUGUCCACGAGGUUAGCAAAUCUACCAGCACCGAGCGAGUCACUACCUGUCAUCAUUCAAGUGGACACGGGGAUGGCCGUCAGUGGCUGUCACGUGGAUCAGCUGGCUGGUAUUAUGGAGUUUUGCAAAAGCCAUUGUAUACGGGUCCACAGCCUGAUGACCCACUUUGUGGAUUCACGGGUGGAGCUGGACCUGACAAACCGCCAGUUACAAUCGUUUCUCCGAGUCACAAAACCUUACAGGGACAUUGGCAUUCGCGUGCACGCAGCGAACUCGUGCGCUGUGUUCCGCGGCGUGGGAACGGAUCUGGACUACGUGCGUGUCGGCGUGGCCGUGUAUGGACUUCCGAUAGACUCAAGCAUUGUAAGUUUUAAUAAGAGCGAGGCAGCGGGGCUCCAACCGGCGCUCAGCGUGCACUGCCGGGCCGUCCGUGUUCUGCAACUACACAAGGACCAGGCCGUUGGAUACAACCGCGGAUAUGUAUGUCAGGAGAACGACAAACGGGUGGCGGUGCUACAGCUGGGCUACGGGGACGGGUUCUCCAGGUCCAUGACAGGCGGCAGCGUCUUCACAGUGGACAGGACCGAAUGCAAAAUAGUAGGACGUGUUUCUAUGGAUGCUGUUUUGGUGAAAGUGCCGGAAAGUGCAGAUGACGCGCGCCUUUUCUGCGUGCUGUCGGACGACUAUGAUCCACGGACGUCUGCCGCCGCCCUCGCCGCCCUGGUCGGCACGUCUACGAGUGAGGUGUGCGUCAGUUUGAACACUCGGCUGCCCAGAGUGUAUAUCAGCCGGGGGAAAAUACAAGCAUUCGUCAAAUAGAAUUUACAAAAUACCACUUUUACAUAAAUACAUGUAUUUCAUAUUUUGA